AUGGGGUCAGCAGGUGACCUGGGCUUUGGGGAGAUGGUGUGGGAGGGAAGUGCUGCAUCUCACCAGGAAUGCCGGAUUGCACAUCCCAUUGUUAAAUGCACUUACUGCAGGACUGAAUUCCAGCAGGAAAGCAAAACCAACACAAUAUGCAAGAAGUGUGCUCAGAACGUGAAGCUCUACGGCACACCAAAACCCUGCCAGUACUGCAACAUUAUAGCAGCAUUUAUUGGAAACAAGUGCCAGCGAUGCACAAACUCAGAGAAGAAGUAUGGACCUCCACACUCCUGUGAGCAGUGCAAGCAGCAGUGUGCCUUUGACAGGAAGGAUGACAGAAAAAAGGUGGAUGGGAAGCUGCUGUGCUGGUUGUGCACGCUGUCCUACAAACGGGUCCUGCAGAAGACCAAAGAGCAGUGCAAACACCUGAGCAGCUCCUCCCGAGCAAGCCUCCAAGAGAAGGAACAGUACAGUAGGCUCAGCAGUGGCAGCCACUACAACAGCCAGAAAACCUUAUCCACCUCUUCUAUUCAGAAUGAAAUCCCAAAGAAGAAAGCCAAGUUUGAUGCCAUAUCUGCCAAUGGUGACAGUUUUUCUCCAGACCUUGCCCUGGACUCUCCUGGCACUGACCACUUUGUUAUCAUUGCCCAGCUGAAAGAGGAAGUGGCUACUUUAAAGAAGAUGCUGCACCAGAAAGAUCAGAUGAUUCUGGAGAAGGAGAAGAAGAUCACAGAGCUGAAAGCUGACCUGCAGUACCAGGAGUCGCAGAUGAGGGCAAAGAUGAACCAAAUGGAGAAGACACACAAGGAGGUCAUGGAGCAGUUACAGGCCAAGAACAGAGAACUCCUGAAGCAAGCAGCUGCCCUAUCAAAGGGCAAAAAGCCUGAGAAGUCGGGAGCAAUAACCUCCCCUUAGAACCAAACCCCCAGUGUGGGAGCUUACUCCAGCAUUAGCCAAGGACUCUUGGAGACCUGCCUGAUCGCUGGAAGCCAAAACCUCAGUGUGGUCACUCUCCCCCUGCUGUGGACUCGAUGGAAACGCCUGGUGUGUGUGUUGCCUUUCAACAGCAUCUUGAGCAUGGCUGGUUCCCAUCCAUCUCUGUUGAAUACCAGUCUAGUACCACGGUGACCCAUGGGGAGAGGUCCCAACCAUCCUAAAUCUCUCUCU